AUGGCCAGCAGAGUGAAUGUUGACUCUCCCAAUCUCCCCAAGCAGCGACUCUCGGGCCCAUUCCCGGGCCCAUUGCCGUCUAUGCCAACCCACAACGCGACCAAGGCGCAAGAUCCUCGGCUUGCCGGUACUGCAAGGCAAUCAGUUGAUCCUCAAUCGUUAAAUCCCCAACAGGGGCACCUAAACCUCCCCGCAAAUUCCGCCUUCAUCCAGAAACCUCCUGCACAAUCGUCCCCCCAAGUGCCUCCACUCUCGAUCCCUAACAUCGCCCCGGGCCCUAAGUCCACAGAAAGCCAAAGUGUACCCAAUCGCCAAGGCGCAUUGUUCAUCUCAGAUUUAGUCAACUCAUUGAUCAAAGUGAACAAGAGCGAGGAAGAGAAAGAGAGACUCCAAAAGGAAAUAGUUUCUAUCUCUAAAAACCUGCAGAGGGCGAAGCAAUCUCAACAAUUUCCGAGUGUCAUCGCUGUCUUCCAGCAACAGCUGGACGCGGCCAAAGAUGAAUUGGCAAACCAUGUCAAAUCGAUCAUCCAGCAUCGAUCACUCUCCAAUCAGGCAGAGGACAAUUUUAAUUCGACGUUGUCGCAGUUGAAUUCUCAGCCCCAGCUCGAAAAGAUACCUGAGAGGGUCCAGAACCUGGAAUCCACAAUCAAAGGAAUGGGGCAAGGCCCCGCCCAAACCAUCAGCGGGGAUAAUCCAAUGACAGGGAAUGCUGAAAUCGAACGAGUCCAAGCGGACAUGCAAGCUCGGGACCGAGAUAUCGCUGAACUCAAAGGAAAGCUGGAUGAAUUGCAGCAUGCUCUCAAGAACCCGAAUGGAUUGGAGGAGGCGCUGGGAUACAUGAAUAAGAUUGCGAAUUCAGUCGCUCUUCAAUCCAAAUGGAAGAGUCAAUUCACGAACAAAAUCUCAAGCCUUGAAGGUGAAGUGAAGGCUGCCGACAAGGAUCUUGAUCACAAGAUUUCUAAUGUGAAGAAGAUGGUCGACACAGUCGAGGAAGAACUGAAAGUUUCCAACCAGCACCUAGAGACCAACAUUUCGGUUCUUGGUGGCGAACUGAGAACUACAAAUGAACGGCUUGAGGGCAAGCUUUCUUCCAUUGAAAGUGAUAUCAGGUCGCUCAGUGCUACGCGACAUAAUCUCAACGAUAGCGCAUCAACUCAAAUUUCACAAGUUGAAACUGACCUGGAGGCCCAAAGAAGGCAGGCUACGGAACGGAUUACCGCCCAAGAAGGUCUCCUAGCCUCGCUUAGAACCCAACUACAACAAAACCUUGAUAACGGCGGCGGCCGGGUCUCAUCGGAAACAACUCCAACUCCCCAUAGCGGGGUGCUUACAAGAGUGGUGUCUCUGGAAAAGAGAGUCCAGACCCAAGCAGACCUCCUCAACAAUAUCAAGAACCUCCAUCACGACGUGGAUGUUAUUCGUGUGACUGAGUUGGACACUUUCCGCCGGAACCAAGAGUCGAGCCAAAAUUCACUGAGAAUUCAACACGAUGACACUUUGAAAAAGGUGGAGGACCUGACUAGGAAAUCCGAGGAAAUGACCAAACAUCAGACGUCACUCGGCACGGACCUUCACCAACUUAAAGGGUCCUUACCAGGGAGCUUUGAGCAGCUCCGAACCGACCUUCAAAGUGGACUAGAUGGGUUCGAAACCCGCCUUGCUCCGGUCUCCGACCUUGCUCAGGCUGUAACAAAAUGCGAGAGUAGAAUCGACUCUCUCAACAGGGCCAUUCGCUCACUAGAAACAAGAUAUACCAACAUCACCACAGGCGACUUGGUCAAUUCCAUGGCACAUGCCAUGCAGCAAAUGUACCCCUCUGUCGACAAGCUAAGUCAACAAUUGACGGCCCACCGGACUGAAAUUGAAGCCAGGCUUUCUGCGCUCAAGACAGAUGCAGAUGCGUUCAAGGCGGACACAGAGUCAUUUAAGGCUGAUACGAAUCAGUUUAAGGCAGAUACACAACAGGCUCAGGCAGACGCACGAAACGCCCAGGCUAGCACAGAAGGGUCUCAAGCAGCACAGGUAUCACCUGAGCAGCUUCAGAAUUUGACUGAGCUGCCGAUUUUACUCCAACAGGUCAAAGACCUUUCCGACAAGCUUGCACCGAUUGAGAGACUCAUCAGCGAGCAUAGUGAUGAGUUGCAGAAAAAUCUUGAACUGCGGAGCGACUUGCAAAACAGGAUGACGGCCCAAGACGACACUAUCGAAGGCAUUGCUCAAAAGGCCGAUGAGCAUGAUGAAGAAUUUGGAACCAUCGCCGAGUCCACGAGCCGGAUCGAUCCAUUAAUCAAUAAAGUCGAUGAUCACAUCUCGCAACUCCAAGAGGUUCGACAAGCCAUCGGCGAGUUGACUAGAGCCGCCGCGGAGAGAAACACUACCGCGCCCGAGAACCUCGAUGUGAUCAGUACGCGGCUGGAAGCCCUCGAAGGUCGGACCAAAACCGAAGAUGAAAUUCUCGACGAACUCCGGACAGAGCUGAAAAACUUGCAACAUCAGCACACAACGGGAGGUUUGUAUCUUGACGAAGUCCGGGAAAAGUUGAAAGACUUAGCGGACCGAAAUAAAGCGGAGGAUAAAAAUCUCGACAAACUCCGGACAGAGCUGAAAGAUUUGCAACAUCAGCACACAACGGAAGAUCAGUAUCUUGACGAAGUCCGGGAAAAGCUGAGAGACUUAGCGGAUCGAAACACAACCGAAGAUAACGAUAUUAGCAAACUCCGAGACCAGGUGAAAGUCCUUGCAGGCCGGAAACCACCAGUAUCACUGGAGAAAUUCACCGAGCAAGGGGAUGAGGUGAAGAUGUAUAUCAAACGUCUAAGAAACGCCGAAGACAUCUUCAAGGCGCUUGCAGGAGGAGCGAAGAUCUCCGAUGUUCUCGAUAAACUGGAGGAGAGCAUCAAUGCACAGAAAACCCUUGAGUCCCUAGCGAACGGCCGUUCGUUUACAUCAACGCCUACCGCAACACCCAGGACAGUUCCCACGGGUGCUACUCUAGGUGCAUAUCAGCCGGUCCAGUUCAGCGUGAAGGGCCAGGCCGACAGUUCCACACCAAGCGUUUCGACGUCGACUUACUCUGCGAUGCAAGCUCGACAGCCCUCACAAACCCCCAGUGGACCCAGCAUCAGUCAUCCGUCGCCGUAUUCUGGGAAAUCCGCCGAACCCCGCCAGGUUCAGAAUUUGAAAGGAAAGCGACGGGUGUCAUCUGUAGUAGACUCUGAUGACGAAAGAAACACAACCGAAUCAUCUUCAGUAGUUGAGUCUUCGCCAGCUCCUAGCUCUUCUUCCCCGGGAUCCUUUACUCCGGGCUCUAGCAAAAAGGAGAAGAAGAAGGCAAAAAAGAGAACGGAGCAGGCAGAAGAGAAUCCCAAGCCUCCAAGCAGACCAGGCAAGAAGCGAAAGCGGAACAAGCAGAAUGAGUGA